UCCGGUGUCACACCGCCCGAAGACACCAUUAAUAUGGUGCUUGGAUAUCACGCAUUGCAUGGAAAUAUAGAACGAUUUGAAAGAUUUAUGGCAGAUAUUUUAACCGGCAAACCUUCUGAGACUCAAAGAGAUCUGCAUAUUAAGUCGUACCUGCGUGACCCGAGUGUCUUUGUGUCGCGCGCAUUUCCCACUCGUGCAAUCGACCUUCUGCAUAAGUAUGAGGCUUCUGGGCUCCAUGCCCCCAUGAAGUCCUAUACACGUAUUAUAUCCUCCCUAUUCUCCGUCCGCCCCUCUCCUUCAUGUCCUUCGAUAUCCUCAACACCAGACGUACCACUGGGAAGACUGGCUGCACAUUCACAAGCUUGGGACCUUUUCGCGCACAUGCGCUACGUUGCGCACCCGACCCCAGAUGCUCAUCUCUACGCACUGAUGAUCCGCGCUUGUGCUUCAGCUCCUUUAUCUCCCGAACCCGAGCGCGCCCUGGACCUGUGGACUGAGAUGCUCGACGCGGGAAUCGUGCCGACCAAAGGGGCAUACGACGCAGUGAUUCGCGCCUGUGCGAAGGCUGGAGGAGAAUGGGUCCAUGAGGCCAUCAGGUUUGCGCGGGAAAUGCGCGACCGCUUUGGAGGUAGUUCUUCUGCGGUUGGUGGUGAUGAUCUUCAAGGGAUCGGUGGGCCACGUACUUGGAUGGCUCUGCUGGAUGGCUGUAAGCGCGUUGGCGAUCUGGGGCGUGCUAGAUGGAUCCUGGCAGAAGCUGUAAGAGCUGAGGGUCUAAAUGAGGAGAUGAUGCAGCACAUGUUCCAUGCUUACGCCGCGUAUAGACCCCCAUUCAAAAGGGGUGCAACCAGGAUCGUGGACGACGGAGCGGUUGUAGCACCAGCUACCCUCCCAGACCAAGUGAAACCGCUAACAAGCGCUACUGAGGGCUCAUCAGACUUGGCUUCAGUAUCUGCAGAUGCAUCUUCCGACUCUGAUGCAGUUCCGACCGAUUUGUCGCAUAUGGGUACCGUGCCUUCAUUUUCACACCUCCCGCCCCAAUCACCAGGCGAGGUCAUCGCAGAGGCCAGGGCUCUCUUCGACAGAAUUCUUCAUGAUACCAACCCUACCUCUCAUUCAUCAUCUAAUGUGCCUCCCGAGCCCCUUGCUGGAAAAUUUAAUGUCACACUUACACCACGCCUCCUCAAUGCGUACAUGUCCGUGUAUUACUCGCAUGCGAGUAUCGAAAGCGCGCGUGACGUAUUUGAGAGGCUGUUUUCUUCUCGUGGCGUUGGCCUUAUGGGUGAUUCACGCACUUAUGUCGAUGCCCUCGAGAAGUGUGCACUUGCAAGGCCACGUGAACGUGACAUUGCAGGGAAAUGGGUGGAAGAGCUAUGGACGCGCUGGGAAGAGCUUGAGCGCCAGUGGAUCAAUGGGAUCGCAGAGACGACAAUGACUGCCAGGCUAGUAGAGAGAGCACAUAGUGCUGUCAGAAGAGCUCAUCUCCUAAAUAAUAAUGUCGACCGUGCAAUUACACUAGUCCGCACGUUUAUGUCGCGUUAUCCUCCGACCGCGCUGCUGCCUCCAGCCCGUAAUCCAUCGUCUGCUCGUGUAGAUGCUCCCAGUCAAGAUGUCAUGAACAAACGUAAAAUUACCCUCUUUGCAAAACCACCCAUCCUCUCGACACGUACGAUUCUCAGUAAUCCAUCCGCUACGCCUCGUCCCCUCGUGCGCCUCACAUCAGCCAUUGGUCCACCUGACGAACGUGUCCCACCUUUGCUGAGUUUCGCGGAUGUUGAAUUACUGCAUGCCCGUUUAGUGGAACAGGGUAGGGGCAAAGAAGUAGGGUUUCUCAAGUGGGCGUGUAAGGCAUAUGAGGGAGCGCUAAGAACUCGUAGGGAAGCUGUCCUUGGAGCACAGGUCUCCGUGGGAGAGGAUGUCCAAUGA